AUGAGUGAAUUACCUGACUAUGUGCUUGAUCCCGAUGCUGUCCUGAAAGACACCAGUGCCUGGCGCCAUGGUAAUGCUCCGGAUUAUUCCAAGACUAGGGUCUUCUAUGAAAAGACCAAGACAAAGACCCACGAACCCGGCAGUCUCCCUUUCCUAGUUGAAAAUCUCGUGAAGAACUGGGAAAUCGAAGCCUCCUUCAAAACGAAUCUCUCCGACUGGCGUACCAUCGAUCACGACGUAUACACAGUUUCCGUGAAUGGUGGUGAGCGACGAACGGGUGAUCACAUGUUAGAAGUGGGGACUUAUAAUGCUCUCCUGACCGCGAGUCAGUAUUAUGAUCCUGCACAAAACACUUUCAAUGAUUCGCACAAGUCGUUUAAGCGGAUGAUGCCAACGUUUGCUUGGGAGGUACUUGAAGUAUACUCUGGUCCCCCCGUUGUUGUCUGUCGGUGGAGGCAUUGGGGCGAGAUGCAGCAUGAUUACGUUGGAUACAAUAGCUCCGGCGAAAAGAUCAAGAUUGAAGCGCACGGUGGCCCUAUCGACAUUGAAGGCCUUAUAGUGGCCAAAGUCAAUGAUAAACUACAGGUGCAAAGUCUUGACGUCUGGUACGACCCUAUGGCAAUGUUCCGCCAAAUUAGCAGAGAGGGCCAGAUUAGCAGCGAGAGCAGUAGCAGCCGAUGUCCGUUUGUGCAGGGUUAG